UUAACAAACAAAGAUUAUUGCCUGCACUCCCCAUUCAUCACUUACCCUCUUCCUGUAUUCGUGGAGGUCCCUUCUAAAGUUGCCCUCUUUCCUUCCAUGUUUCAUACUCUUACUAUAUAACCUUUUCUGCCUCCUCUUUCCAAUUUUUAAUCUUUCUGAUUAAACAAAUACCACUUGAAAUUACCCUUUUGGUUUCUGCAGUUGUGAAGUUCUUUUGGAGGUAUUAUUUGUACUGGGGGAGGUCAGAAAGGUCCACAGCGAUAGCCGGCUGAUAUUGUUAUCACAUCUGGUAAAAAAAAAAAAGCACUUUCUACUUUAGAAGCUUUUUCUUUCUGUGGAGAAGUACAAGUUACCCAUUUGCAGAUACUGCUUCUGAGUACAAACCUUUGGCUGCUUCCCGUGGAUUUGAUGGGCUUGUUGUGUUUUUUUGACUAACAAAAUUUGGGAAAAAGAAACAAGCAAAGAAUAAAUAAAAAAUGGAAAAAAGAAAGAUUCAGACUUCAGUGGAGUUUCUUUAAAGAUUUUGAGAGAACUGUGGGGUACUGAGUACCUUGUUUUAUUUGCAGCUUCAAACUUCUGUUGCUGGAAAUAGAAAGAAUAAAAUGGCCAGGGAUUUUAGUGGUGGACCGCCAAAGCACCACCACGUAGAAUCCAAGAAGAAGAGGCUCCCUUGGAUCUUCGGGAUUUUUGCGCUCUGCAUAGCAUGUUACUUGUUAGGAGCUUGGCAAACCACUUCUGCCCCUGUCAAUCGAUCUGAGCUCUACCAAAGGGUUGGUUGUGAUGAAACGUCAUCUCAAUCCGGGAACAAAACCUCCUCACCCGUAUCAUCAUCACCGCUUCGCUUGGACUUCGAAAGCCAUCAUCAAGUGGACGUCAACAAAACCGAGGCCGUUCAAAGGUUCUCACCGUGUGACAUGUCCUACAGCGAGUACACUCCAUGCCAGGAUCCAAGAAGGGGGAGGAAAUUUGACAGGAAAAUGUUGAAAUACAGAGAGAGGCACUGCCCUACCAAAGAAGAACAACUUCUUUGCCUUAUUCCUGCUCCGCCAAAGUAUAAGACUCCUUUCAAGUGGCCUCAGAGUCGUGAUUUUGCUUGGUAUGACAACAUUCCCCAUAGAGAACUCAGCAUUGAGAAAGCUGUCCAGAAUUGGAUUCAAGUCGAGGGUGACAGGUUUAGAUUCCCCGGGGGAGGUACCAUGUUUCCGAGGGGCGCUGAUGCAUACAUAGAUGACAUUAACGCACUCAUUCCUUUAACUAAGGGCAACAUCAGAACUGCAAUUGAUACCGGCUGUGGUGUAGCCAGUUGGGGUGCUUACCUGUUGAAGAGGGACAUCGUGACAAUGUCUUUUGCACCGAGAGAUUCGCAUGCAGCGCAGGUUCAGUUUGCAUUGGAGCGUGGUGUUCCCGCUAUGAUUGGUGUCAUGGCUUCGAAGAGGCUUCCCUACCCUGCAAGGGCUUUCGAUAUGGCUCACUGUUCCCGCUGCUUGAUCCCUUGGAUGAACUAUGAUGGUAUGUAUCUCAUCGAAGUGGACAGAGUUCUAAGGCCUGGUGGUUAUUGGAUUCUCUCCGGGCCACCUAUUAACUGGAAAACACACUGGAGGGGAUGGGAGAGAACUCAAGAGGAUUUGAAGCAAGAGCAAGAUUCUAUUGAGUCUGUUGCAAAGCGCCUGUGCUGGAAGAAGGUGAUCGAGAAGAAUGAUCUUGCAAUCUGGCAAAAACCUAUCAAUCACGUCGAAUGCGUUAAGAGCAGGAACGUGUAUAAAACACCACAUAUAUGCAAAUCUGACAAUCCAGAUAUGGCUUGGGAAAGAGACAUGGAGAGUUGCAUUACUCCUCUACCGGAGACAAGCGAUCCUAAUGACGUUGCUGGUGGGGCGUUAGAGAAGUGGCCUGAACGUGCAUUUGCUGUCCCUCCUAGAAUCAGCAGUGGUUCAAUACCAGGAAUCACAGCUGAGAAACUCCGUGAGGAUAAUCAACUGUGGAAGGAAAGGGUGGUACAUUACAAGAGGAUUGUACCAAUUUCCAAAGGAAGAUAUCGGAAUGUGAUGGACAUGAAUGCUUACCUCGGUGGAUUUGCUGCAGCAUUGUCAAAAUAUCCAGUGUGGGUUAUGAACACCGUCCCUGCCAACUCAAACCAGGACACCCUUGGUGUAAUUUACGAACGGGGUUUUAUUGGAACAUACCAGGACUGGUGUGAGGCUUUCUCAACGUACCCUAGAACAUACGAUCUCAUCCACGCUGGUGGGAUCUUCAGCAUAUAUCAGGACAGGUGUGACAUAACACUCAUUUUGCUGGAGAUGGAUAGGAUUCUGCGGCCGGAAGGAACAGUUGUGUUUAGGGAUACAGUAGAGAUCCUGGUGAAGAUAAAGGCAAUUACAGACGGAAUGAGGUGGAAGAGCCAGAUUAUGGAUCACGAGAGCGGACCUUUCAACCCAGAGAAAAUUCUUCUUGCAGUGAAAACUUACUGGACUGGUGAAGAAAAGAAGGAAAGCUAGUAGAGAUGUAGCAGUGUAUUCUUCUUUCCCUUUUGCUUGCAAUUCUAAUUUUUCUUCCUUUUUAUUUAUUUUUUAACUUUUGUUCUUAACCUCUCUUCUCUUGGUGCAUGAUCAAUGUUUUACUCUGGGAUUUUGUAAAAACAGUAUAAUCUGCUUCCAAGUGGGAAAUUGGAUAGUUUCUUCUUUUGAUCAAUCAGUGGAGGAUUUGAACUUGAGAUUUCUUUCAAUAUUGAGAGGAAAAGUGUCGUUAAAUUUAGAGCUAGUCAGUUUUUACUUGUGAAGAUAUUUAGCAACAAGUGUUGGUGGUUAGUAAUUAGCCUUACUGGCUUAGGAGUUGGGGAAUCCAUCUGUUGAAGCUUCAUAAUGUUAAAAUUAAUUUGAAUAAUCUUCUUCUUUA